UUUCCUCCGGCCACAUGCUAAAUUUUCCGGGCCUUUCCACGAAGCAAAACUAAACAAAUUUAUUAUAUUUUAUGCUAAAUUUUCCCAGACCCGCAUUAUUAUGCUCAUGAGUCGCGCGCUCUGCCGGAGCUGGCUCUCCCAGGUGGCCCACAGAUGUCAUCAUGCCAAAGCGCCGCCGAUCCUGCCAUACAGACACACCAUAACCUCCGGCCAUCCGGCGACGAGAUCAUGCCGCCGGCACUUUCAUGGCAACCGGAAGCAGAGCACCAGAGACCUUAAGCCGGAGAGCGGUGAGCCGGCGGCGGCGGAGCAAAACACUUCCGUGCCGCUGAACAAUGUGAUCAAGGCGGUGGCCUUUACUGGAGCAUUUACGGUGGGUUGCUUCGCCGGAGCCACGAUUCUGGAAUAUGAGAACACACGCAGCGCCAUCCUGGCAAAAGCGCGACAGGCAAGAUUUGGCUGGUGGCAAAGCCGAUCACUGGCGGACCGCAACUAUUGGACACAGCUGAAGCAAGACAUCCAGCGCCACUGGGAUGCCCUGACACCGGGAGACAAGAUGUUUGCGCCUAUUUUCCUGUGUAAUGCCCUGGCCUUUGCACUGUGGCGGGUGCCCUCCUUGCGAACGACCAUGAUGACAUACUUUACCUCCAAUCCUGCGGCGCGAGUCGUCUGUUGGCCCAUGUUCCUGUCCACAUUUAGCCACUACUCCGCCAUGCACAUAUUCGCCAAUAUGUACGUGCUGCACAGCUUUGCCAAUGCGGCGGUUCUUUCGCUGGGGAAGGAACAGUUCCUGGCCGUCUACCUCAGUGCCGGCGUCUUCUCCAGCCUGAUGAGCAUGCUCUACAAGGCCGGGACAAGUUCGGCGGGAAUGUCAUUGGGGGCGUCUGGUGCCAUAAUGACGGUUCUGGCUUAUGUGUGCGCCCAAUAUCCGGAUACGCAGCUCAGCAUUCUGUUCCUUCCCGCGCUGACGUUCUCUGCCGGGGCCGGCAUAAAGGUGAUCAUGGGCAUUGACUUUGCCGGCUGUGUCCUGGGCUGGAAGUUCUUUGAUCAUGCGGCUCACUUGGGUGGCGCCAUGUUUGGCAUCUUCUGGGCCACGUACGGAGCACAGAUAUGGGCGAAGCGCAUUGGUCUGCUGAACUACUACCAUGAUCUGCGUCGAACAAAACAGAAAUAGGCUGGCAUUCUGGCCAGCUACGGAGCGGAGGUUUCGCAACGUGGAGAUAAACAAAUGACAUCGUUCUGCCUUAGAGGUUCAUUGCAAUGAGUUAAGUUGAAUAAAGCGUCACGAUCUAGUACUCA